AUGGAGCGGUCACGGCUCGGUCUGCUGCUCCUCGCGCUCUGCCUUUUACAUAUGGUGAGUAGAUGUCACCUAUAGGUACAGUGCAUUCAGAAAGUAUUCAGACCCCUUGACUUUUUCCGCAUGUUGUUACGUUACAGCCUUAUUCUAAAAUUGGUUAAAUUAUUUUUUCCUACACACAAUACCCCAUAAUGACAAAUCGAAAACAGGUUUUUAGAAAUGUUUGCAAAUGUAUUAAAAAUAAAAAACAGAAAUACCUAAUUUACAUAAGUAUUCAGACCUUUUGCUAUGAGGCUCGAAAUUGAAUUCAGGUGCAUCCUGUGUCCAUUGAUCAUCCUUGAGAUGUUUCUACAACUUGAUUGGCGUCCACCUGUGGUAAAUUCUAUUAAUUGGACAUGAUAUGAAAGGCACACACCUGUCUAUGUAGGGUCCCACAGUUGACAGUGCAUGUCAGAGCAAAAACCAAGCCAUGAGGUCGAAGGAAUUAUCAGUAGAGUUCCGAGAGGAUUGUAGCUCAGCUGGUAGAGCACAGCGCUUGUAAUGAUGAAAUUUGGUUUGAUCCCCGGGACCACCCAUACACAAAAAAAUGUAUGCACGCAUGACUGUAAGUCGCUUUGGAUAAAAGCGUCUGCUAAAUGGCAUAUUAUUAUUAUUAUUAUAGAUCUGGGGAAGGGUACCAAAAAAUGUUUGCAGCAUUGAAGGUCCCCAAGAACACAGUGGCCUCCUUCAUUCAUAAAUGGAAGAAGUUUGGAACCACCAAGACUCUUCCUAGAGCUGGCAGCCCGGCCAAACUGAGCAAUUGGGGGAGAAGGGCCUUGGUCAGGGAGGUGACCAAGAACCCAAUGGUUACUCUGACAGAGCUCCAGAGUUCCUCUGUGGAGAUGGGAGAACCUUCCAGAAGGACAACCAUCUCUGCAGCACUCCACCAAUCAGGCCUUUAUGGUAGAGUGGCCAGACGGAAGCCACUCCUCAGUAAAAGGUACAUGACAGCCGGCUUGGAGUUUGCCAAAAGGCACCUAAAGGACUCUCAGACCAUGAGAAACAACAUUCUUUGGUCUGAUGAAAUCAAGAUUGAACUCUUUGGCCUGAAUGCCAAGCGUCACGUCUGGAGGAAACCUGGCACCAUCCCUACGUUGAAGCAUAGGGGUGGCAGCAUCAUAAUGUGGGGAUGUUUUUCAGUGGCAGGGACUGGGAGACUAGUCAGGAUCGAGGGAAAGAUGAACGAAGCAAAGUACAGAGAUAUCCUUGAUGAAAACCUGCUCCAGAGCGCUCAGGACCUCAGACUAGGGCGAAGGUUCACCUACCAACAGGACAACAACCCUAAGCACACAGCCAAGACAACGCAGGAGUGGCUUCGGGACAAGUCUCUGAAUGUCCUUGAGUGGCCCAGCCAGAGCCCGGACUUGAACCCGAUCAAACAUCUCUGGAGAGACCUGAAAAUAGCUGUGCAGCGACACUCCCCAUUCAACCUGACAGAGCUUGAGAGGCUCUGCAGAGAAGAAUGUGAGAAACUCCCCAAAUACAGGUGUGCCAAGCUUGUAGCGUCAUACCCAAGAAGACUCAAAGCUGUAAUCGCUGCCAAAGGUGCUUCAACUAAGUACUGAGUAAAGGGUCUGAAUACUUAUGUAAAUGUAAUAUUUCAGUUUUAUUUUUUAUAUAUACAUUUGCAAACAUUUCUAAAAAACCUGUGUUUGCUUUGUCAUUAUGGGGUAUUGUGUGUAGAUUGAUGAGUGAAAAAAACAAUUUACUCAAUUUUAGAAUAAGGCUGUAACGUAACAAAAUGUAGAAAAGGUUCAAGGGGUCUGAAUACUUUCCGAAUGCACUGUAGGUGCAGUGGCGAUUUUAGCAUGUAAAUCUUGGUGGGGCAAAAAAACAAAUCAAUAAAUUAUGCAUGCCAGCAAAGCCACUAAACUAAACAAUACAUUAAUUUCACUAUAACGGUGACAAAUAAAGCUGUCCCAACAGCAGAGCUUUCCUUUCAGCGCCAUGGAGUGAAUCCUUACCACUGCUACACCUGGCUAUCAGCGGAGCCUGGUCUGGCAGCGAAACAGUUCAUUCAGCCUUAUUUACUGCCUUUUUAAAAAACAUAGUUGAUAUGGCUGACUUGCUUAAACAAAUGUGGUUUCUACUGACAAUUGAGAUGUACAAACUAUGGCAUAAGGGGAUGACGAGCGGAUAAGAGGGAAUCCGUCAUUUCGAUUAGGACGGACGUAGUCAAUAUAAUUAUUUGUUCAGCACUUUUGAAAUGUACAGCGACAGAAUUCAGAGUUGGAUGACCGUUCAAAACUUAUUUUCCAGAGCUCGUUUUUUUCAGAGUUCCCUGUUGUCUUGAACUCACUGAAGUCUGAGAUUUCCCAGUUCCGAGUUUCCAGUUGUUUUGAAUGCGGCAGAAGUCAUGUGAAUGUCAUGUGAAUGUUUAUCCUUUUAAGCUUGGAAAAGAGACCAGUAAACCCAGACUUGGACCACACACCCACUCCACUGAAUAGCAGGCUAGUGAUUGCUUUGCAACUCUUGCACUUAGCCACUGAUUCCUUCUAAACCACUCAUUGUUGAAUUUCGAUUUCCAACUUGUUGUGUAAUGUUUAUGUCCAAUGGCCGAUGAGCACCGAUAUGACAAGGAUUGAAAAGGAUUUGCCAGUAGAUUGUCGACCUGAUUCAUGAUGAUGACUGCUUGUCCAGCUUGCUAGCUAAGAUUUUGAAAGUAUGAUGUUGACGUGAUCAGUCCAAUCAAAGCUACGGUAGAUAAUAUUAUUAUUAUUAUUAUUAUUAUUAUAUAACAUGAUUUGAUGUCAUUUUAUCUGUGGUCAAUGACCUUGAGCCUUCUUGGAUGGGCACUUCUAAUGUAAAUCUAUGGCAGCACCCAAGGGGCUUGAAUUUUCAAGCUCUCCCUGUAGAUUUGGGACACAUGGUGUCCCAAUGAGUGACAGAACACUGAGCCAAUCACGGCACAACUAGUGAACAUUACCAACCCCUACGCUCCGUAUUUUCCGCUGGCUGCCCCACCACCACAGAAAGCACUGAGCUAGGCUGAAACACCUGCAUUUUGGAGCUGCUUUACUCAAGAAAGCAAAAAAGAGACCAUGUUUGUAUGCGGCUUUAUUAACUCAAUGAUUUUUUUUUUUUUUUAAGCUACACAGGUGGGGCUCAAAACAGGUUGGUAAACAUUGAUGGGUGACCACUGGGUAGGUGCACUGUAGAAACUCAUUCAACCAAUUGAAUAGUGGUUAGUCAAACAUUUACAACUGCCUGUAGAACUCAAAUCAUAAAAGUGAUACUCAUUCAGAUGUCAAUCGGAUGUUCUUAUAACUUAAUGUUUCUGAGUAUUAUUAACAAAUAUUAGGUUAUUGAGUAAAUAUAACUUUAUUUAUCUGCUCUGCUAAUAAACAAUUAUUGAAUUUUUACAAUUUAUGGUUAUUUAAAGUAAAUCUAACAUUUAUUAAAUACGUUGUUCUUACUUGAGUCUAUUUUGUUAUACAUCUUUACUUAAAAUAAUAAAGUAGUAGUUAGACACAUUGAUAUUUGAGUGAAAAACACUUGAUUGAUCUGCGUUGUGCUCAUAGCCACCCCGGGAAGUAGGGGUGCUCAUUUAGUCAUUUCCGAGUUUUGUUUUAUUCCUCCGAAAUUUUAAGACUUUGUCAAGCAACUAGUUACCGACCCACAAUUGGUAUUUAGGCCUACUGUGAUUUCUGUGAUAAUAUGGAGGAAUUAAAAAUGAUCUCUCCUUUGUAAAGGCCUAUUAGUGGUACAUAGCUAAGCUGAAAAUGUGGACUCAAUGGUAAACUUUGUGAUAAAAGCACAACAUUUGACAUAGAGGUAGAUGUAUGUACUCUGAAAAAUAUAGAGAUAUGCAGCCACCCCAGAUUUGGAGGCUGGGGGGCGUGGCAGCCACUAUAACUGAAAAAUAACAAAAAAAUGUGAAUGCAUAUUUGGCUUCCAGUCAAUGUCUCUGUACCAAGUCGAGAUUCUCAUCUUUCAGAUGCAAUUGGAAGUGAGUUGGAAGUGAGUUGAUAUCCCAUAGCGUUCUUUUAUGGUAUGAUACAGUGCCUUCAGAAAGCAUUCAUACCCCUGGACUUAUUCCAUACUGUGUUGUGUUACAGCCUGAAUUCAAAAUUGAUUAAAUAAAUAAAAAUCACCCAUCUACACACAAUACCCCAUAAUGACAAAGUGAAAACAUGUUUUUAGAAAUCUUUGCAAAUUUAUUGGAAAUGAAAUACAAAUAUCUAAUUUACAUAAGUAUUCACACCCCUGAGUCAAUACUUUGUAGAAGCAUCUUUGGCAGUGAUUACAGCUGUGAGUCUUUCUGGGUAAGUCUCUAAGACCUUUCCACACAUGGAUUGUGCAACAUUUGCUCAUUAUUUUCAAAAUUCGUCAAGCUCUGUCAAAUUGGUUGUUGAUCAUUGCUAGCCAACCAUUUUCAGGUCUUGCCAUAGAUUUUCAAAUAGAUUUAAGUCAAAACUGUAACUCGGCCACUCAGGAACAUUUACUGUCUUCUUGGUAAGCAACUCCAGUGUAUAUUUGGCCUUGUGUUUUAGGUUAUUGUCCUGCUGAAAGGUGAAUUCAUCUCCCAGUGUCUGGUGGAAAGCAGACUGAACCAGGUUUUCCUCUAGGAUUUUGCCUGUGCUUAGCUCCAUUCUGUUAAUUUUUUAUCCUGAAAAACUCCCCAGUCCUUAAUGAUUACAAGCAUACCCAUAACAUGAUGCAGCCACCACUAUAAUUGGAAAUAUGGACAGUGGUACUCAGUAAUAUGUUGUAUUGGAUUUGCCCCAAACAUAACACGUUAUAUUCAGGACAAAAAGUUAAUUGCUUUGCCAAAUUUUUGGAGUUUUACUUUAGUGCCUUGUUACAAACAGGAAGCAUGUUUUUGAUUAUUUGUAUUCUGUACAAGCUUCCUUCUUUUCACUCUGUCAAUUAGGUUGCUAUUGUGGAGUAAUUACAAUGUUGUUGAUCCAUCUUCAGUUUUCUCCUAUCACAGCCAUUAAACUCUGUAACAGUUUUAAAGUCACCAUUGGCCUCAUGGUGAAAUCCCUGACCGGUUUCCGUCCUCUCCGGCAACUGAGUUAGGAAGGACACCUGUAUCUUUGUAGUGACUGGGUGUAUUGAUACACCAUCCAAAGCAUAAUUAAUAACUUCACCAUGCUCAAAGGGAUAUUCAAUGUCUGCUUUUUUAUUUUUACCCAUCUCCCAAUAGGUGCCCUUCUUUGCGAGACAUUGGAAAACCUCGCUGGUCUUUGUGUUUGAAUCUGUGUUUGAAAUUGACUGCUCAACUGAGGGACCUUACAGAUAAUUGUAUGUGUGGGGUACAGAGAUGAGGUAGUCAUUAAAAAAUAAUGUUAAACACUAUUAUUGCACACAGAGUGUGUCCAUUCAACUUAUUAUGUGACUUGUUAAGCAAAUGUUUUCUCCUGAACUUAUUUAGACUUGCCAUAACAAAGGGGUUGAAUACAUAAUGACUCAAGACAUUUCAGCUUUUCAUUUUUAAUUAAUUUGUAAAAAUUUAGAAAAACAUAAUUCCACUUUGACAUUAUAGGGUAUUGUGUGUGGGCCAAACUCAAUUUAAUCAAUUUUAAUGUCAAUACAACAAAAUAUGGAAAAAGUAAAGGGGUGUGAAUAUUAUCUGAAGGCACAGUAAAAGUCUGAUGGCACCGGCGCACAUAUCGCCCAUAUCGUUGCCAUUUUAGGUAAUGUCAAAUUAGCUAAAUCGCCAAUUUAUCAGCCACGGAGCACCACAGAAACACAGCACUUUUAAUGAAUAACAGACAAAUGUUCAUAAUAAGUGGCUAAGGAUGAAAUUUAUCAAAAUAUCUAUUAAAAACAUGAAAAACAUACAAAAUAUUGACUAUAAAUGUGUGAAAUUUUUAAAAUAUAUACUUAUUUUGGGGAAUUUAAACCAUGUACUUGUGUUACAAAAGGUUAAUAAAAUUAAAACUGUUACUGCUUGACAGAGGGUGUCUCUUUGCAAUCAUUAUCAAUUUGGUGUAAAAUAAUUACCCCAAUUGGCACUUUUAAGCUAAGAAUAUGUUAGUGCUUUUCAGAUUAAUCCUAUUGUUACUUAAUUUGUUCGGGGGUGGAUUCUCUUCAGACAGACAACUCUCCCAACAAAUCACGAGGCAGACAUGAUAGAACAUCGCGAUUAGAAACCAAAGUUUGCAAGCAAAACCUUUGCAGUGGUUUUAGUGAAGGUAGUUGAAGCAAACUAGCCACUGGCGAAAAAUAAAUAAAUAAAUAAAUAAAAAAUCACCUCUGUGAUUUCCAUCUUGCUAGCUACUAUUUUGUAUUUUAUUCAAGCGAAUAAGGUAGUGGCGUAGGCAGUGACGUAGUUCCUCUAUGCCAAACUGACAUUCUGUUACAUACGGACGUGUUAAGCCGGAAAAUUUGAAAAUUGUGGGAGGCAACCUGGAUGUCUAGAGAGACUACUCUCUAUCUGUCUCUCUCUUUCUCUCUGUCUCUCCGUCCCUCACGCUCUCUCGAAAACACACACAUAGUGUCAGGAUAUUGAGAAUUUGAAUUUUGUGUUCAAUAAAUUACAUAUUAUAGGAUGUUACGUGUAUCCAGGUUUGAUUGGUAGUGGUGAUAUGACGUGUGAUUGGUUGAGACAGUAAUGGAGAACUGUGUGAUUGGUUGAGACAGUAAUGAGGUGGUGUGUUAUUGGUUGUUUGUGUUCUGGUGACAGUAGAGUUGAUAAAUCAGCUCCAAAAGGAACAGAGACCCCAAGAGGAUGCAGACGAUGCGGGGGAGUGGCAAGGAGUGAAGGGUGUAAACACAGUGACAGUCCUGAACUGUGGCAGAGCAAAGCGUUAUUUCACAAUAUAAACUUAACAGAUCUCCCAGCUAACUGCUCACACAUGCACACAUGCACACACAAUACAAGCAUAUAAACACAACACACAGUUUAUAUUUGUCUGUGAGUGAAUAUCCUAAACCCUGCAAGUUAGAAGACAUACUUAGCACAGGGAUGGCUGUGUGUGUGUCUGUCUUUGUGUUUGUGUUAAGUGGAGGGGGUGUUCUUGGUUUGUUUGUUUGGAUGUUCCUGUUGCCUGUGGUCACAAUAAGUACCAAAUGCCUUUAACCCUCUAUACACAGUGAGCUCUGUCCAACGGAAUGCAAGAAUCUCUCUCUCUGUCUCUUUUCCAUCUCUCUCAACACUCCCCCUCUCUCUUUCCACCCUUAUGUCUUUCUCCCUCUCUCACAGUGUUUCUCAUGUAGUCCAAUUUAAAAAAUGGUACAGCCAAUAUGUCUGCCUAAAGUAGAUGAGUUAAGGAGACAAGGAGAAGAGAAUAGGAGACGAGGAGAGAAGACGAGGAGUGGAGGCAGUAAAGACCAUUUAGACACAUCCAUUGACUGUCUUUCUACUCCCUCUCUAUCCAGAAAGUCAGCGGGAGAAAUCCCACUUGUCACUUCCUCUGGGAGCUGCAGAGGGCGGAGCUAGAAUGUCACUAUGAGUUGAAGAAACAAUCCAUGGAGCCUGCAGGUAGACACACUCUCUCACACUCUCACACACACACACACACACAUUCACACAUACACAUACAGGUUUGACAUGCAUGAGUGGUUGUGUGGGUGUUCAUUUUCUUAUUAGCUGUUUAUGUGUGUUUACACCAAGCUUAGCUGUAGUGAUAGUGGACAGAAUUGUAUCUGUUGGUACACAGGGUCCCCUAACGCCUGUGACCUGUGUCUGCUUUCCCACGGGGUGUGUGUGUGUGUUUGGUGUGCGUGUGUGUGUGUAGGCUGUGGUGGUCUAUGGGACAACAUUUCGUGUUGGGCCCCAGCAGCAGUAGGGGAGAUGGUGACUCUCUCCUGCCCCCCUGCUCUCACACACCUCUUCGGACGACAAGGUAAACACAAAUCCAUUCCUCCAUCCCUCUAUACCUCCAUCAGUCCAUCAACCAUACUGUACAUCCUGUCAGGAUGCCAAUUAAAUCUAUUAGUGGCCUCUCGAUGACCCCCCUCUGAGGUUAGGGGUCACCAUAAAGCAGGAUUUAGCACCCUGAGAGACCUUCUGCUGAGGCUUAGGCCGGUGUCUAUAACUCAGCUAAAGGUCCGUCCAAAUGAUAGAAUAAUCUACAGUUCACUCUGACCCACUGACCUACUGUUGUUAUGGUCUGGGCCUGGCGCUGAGGGAACGAACCGAUAAGGAAUGAACAUAUAACCAGAGGGUUGUUCUUCACUCUGCAGUAGAUUGCUGCUAGACUAUCCGGAGGAUUGUGUCUGUCUCCUGGUGCACCUGUCUGUCUGUCUGUCUGUCUGUCUGUCUAUUAAACCUUUUAAAAUAUAGAAUUUGUUGGCCUUAUCUUUGCAUUUUCACACCUUGGGCAAAUUCACGAUUCCUGACAAUCCCUCCUUCUAUUCCUGUAUGUUCUCUCUGUUAGGCAACAUCAGUAGGAACUGUACCGAGGCUGGCUGGUCUGACGUCUACCCCAGCAUCAGCACCGUCUGCUGGUCCAGCGACAACAAACCCAACAAG